AUGGGGAAGGGGGCGCCGGGGGCCAGGCGGCGGGGGCCGGGCCCGGGCGCGCUCUCCUGCCCUCCCUGGCGGUUCCCUGUGCCUGAAGACGCGGCGCCCGGAGCCCGCGAUCUGUCGCGAGGCGCAGAAGCUCCGCGGCCCACGUGCGACCGAGCCGCGUUUGUUUAUGGCGGACCCGCCUUCGGGCGGAGCACUGGGCCGCCGAGGCCCGGGGAGGGGGGGGGCGGGAGGGGGGAGGGACCGCGGCGGGGGCGGGGGCGGCGAAUCUCGCCUCCCGACCCCGCCGCGGCCCCGGAGUCACAGGCGCGCCUCCGCGCCGCUGUCUCCAGCGACUCUCCCAGGAGAGACCCGCGCGCUCCCGGGCUAGAGGAAGUCGCGGCCGGCGUGGAAGGCGGGUUUCCUGAGAGGUGUAUAUCCCAGAAUACACUCUGCCCUCCUGGGAGGAAAAGGCGACGCCUACGGCAGAGGGCCGUCCCGCAUCAGAGGUUCCAGGAGCGUCAAAGCCGGACUUCAGAUCUGAGCGGCGGCGGAGCCACGCUUGUGUGGUGUCCGCGCCCAUCUGGAGGCGGGUGGCGGGACCUCCUCGCCAGCGGCCCCCGCCCUGGGCCGAAGCCCGGCUUUGGCAGCAGCGGGUCACAAUCGGGGACAGGGGCGGCCGGAGGGGGCCCGAGCAUCAGGCUUCCUGGUCGCUACAGGUGACCAAGACCAACGCGGGCUCCUUCGCUUGAGUGAUCUGACGGAGGAGGCGAGUGUCCA